UGCGCUCAGUGCGGAUGCUUUUGGUCGAACAGGUGGCGCAAGCUCCGGUACCCUUAAUUUGUUAUUAGGGGCAAGACGCAGGCACGUUAAGCAUUUAAUACCCCCCCACCCUUUAAGGUGGGAGAGAGGGACGAGCUGCGUAUUCAUCCACUCCCUCGUUGUAACGGGGCACCGGACAAGGGGAGCUGUGAUGCCCGUUGCAGACAGCAACAUGGUAGUAGACAACAGCCACGGGUUAUAUGAGGGGAGAAGCCCGAAUAGAGCCGGGAAUGACAGCGUCCUCCCGGCCUCUCUGAGCAGUCCGGCGGCGGACAUCCUCAAGAACUUUUACCACACCAAACGGGUCGGGAACUACCUGAUCGGGAGGAAGCUGGGAGAAGGGUCGUUCGCCAAAGUUAGAGAAGGUCUCCAUGCGUUGACUGGGGAAAAGGUGGCCGUGAAGGUAAUCGACAAGCGGAAGGCCAAGAAGGACUCGUAUGUGACGAAGAACCUGCGUAGGGAGGGCCACAUCCAGCAGAUGAUCCGCCACCCUAACAUCACGCAGCUUCUGGACAUCCUGGAGACAGACAACAGCUACUACCUGGUGAUGGAGCUGUGUCCCGGCGGCAACCUCAUGAACUGUAUCUACGACAAGAAACGCCUGGAAGAGCGGGAGACUCAGAAAUACAUCCGGCAGUUGGUGCUGGCCGUUGAGCACCUGCACAGGGCAGGAGUGGUGCACAGGGAUCUGAAGAUAGAAAACCUCCUGUUGGAUGAGCAGAACAACAUAAAGCUCAUAGAUUUUGGCCUCAGUAACUGCGCUGGCAUCUUGGGAUACUCGGACCCAUUCAGCACCCAGUGUGGAAGUCCUGCCUACGCCGCCCCAGAGCUGCUCUCCAGGAAGAAGUACGGGCCGAAGGUGGAUGUCUGGUCCAUUGGUGUGAACAUGUAUGCCAUGUUGACCGGGAAUCUGCCGUUCACUGUGGAGCCCUUCAGUCUCCGAGCCCUGCACCAGAAGAUGGUGGACAAGGAGAUGAACCCUCUACCUCCCUCGCUCUCCUCAGCUGCCAUCUGUCUUCUGAAGAAGCUUCUCGAGCCAGAUCCCAACAAGCGUCCCAAUAUCCAUCAGGUGAUGGCCGACUCCUGGCUACAGCUGGCCAACAAGAACACAGGGGCACCAUACCUCAACAGGAUUCACAUUGAGGAAAUAAACCACACGGUGUUGCUGCAUAUGACGGAGAAGAUGACCUACAAGCACAGCGAGGUGCUGAGCGCCGUCCUCACCAACCGCGCCUGCCACACUCUGGCCGUCUACUUCCUCCUCAACAAGAAAAUGAAGAGACUCUCUAAAGAGUACAGGGAGAUGCAGUUCCAAGAAAAAAAGAAAGGAGAAAAGCAGAAAAGCGAAUACUUCCAGACGCAGUGGAGGAAGCACGUGGACAAGCUCACCAUUCCUCCCAAGCAGACGCCUGUCUACCUGGCUGUUGCCAAAGGGCCCAGCAAGGAGAAGAAACACAGAACAGGUCUUUUGCGUGCCAUUACUGGUGGCCAUCGUAACUCACCUCUGGCACCACCCGGCACCGUCGCCUCUUCUUCCAUGGAAUAUCUAGAGAUCCAGCCUCUCUUUAACAACACCCCUCAGCAACGGAGGCGCUUGGCGACCCUCCCUCAAGUCAAUACGAGCCCAGAACACAACAUACCUGCCCCGCCGGCACCGUCACCGAUCGGCAUGCAUUCAUUCGGCUCCCUCUCCAAGGCCGAGCAAAUUGAAGACACCCCCACCUCACCCUGGUACAAGCUGACCAACGGUACUCUGUCCCCUCCCCGCCACGUCUCUGCUUUCCAGCCCGACUCCUCUUACUUGAAGAAGGCCACGAUACCCAGUCCUCCUGUGCUCAUUGUCAACCCACAGCCCAAGAAGAGCACCUCGUCAGAUUGGGGCGGCUCCUCCGACACCAGCGGCAGCCCCCCCAGCACGAUAGGAAGCCCCCCAGGCAGUUCGGCUUUCAGCCCUCCGAAGUCCGCCUUCAGCCCCCUCAACCCGACCUCAGCAUUCAGUCCUCCUUCCAGCAGCGGCAGCAGCGACCCCGACAGCCCGACGCACCGCAGCAAGUUCCCGUCCAUGGGAAUCGGACAGAUCCUAAAGAAGAAGGUCCAGCUGCAGCCGUUCUCCUUCCGGCCUGAGCAGGUCGUUGAGGAAGUGGUUUCCCCCCCGCCCUACCCCAUGCAAACUCUCCUCUGCGCUUCAGGUGCACUCAAGACCCUCUGCUGAGAGA